CUUGCGAAUCGUUAUUUCUGCCUUGGCCUUCGCCCAAGAACUUGAUGCCCCUAUUCAAUUGUUCUCCGAGACCCCAAAUAUAUAUGUUUUCCGGUUUUCCGAAGACACAAUCCUCAUAUAAUUUUCAAAACCAUACCGAGGCAGGCGUUGUUGGAAAUGGUUCCUUGAAGAAAGAUGUGGUGGUGGAAAAAGGAGCCAUCAAGGGGCCCCCACAAGAACCUGGCUGUUUAUGUCCCACCACAUUGGGAGUUAAGUAAUCAUGAGCUUAUCAGCAGCUAGAAAUGAGAUCACUCAGAGGAUGCCUAGAGUCCAAUCAGACAAGUCUAAAGGGAGGACUCAAAGGGGUCACAUAAGCUCGAGAAGACACCGAGCGCUGACUCCUCUCAAGCAAGAAGCACACGAUAUUCUCCAUCUGCGAUCAAUCGCGGCACCGUAUCAAGCUCACAGCCAAAGAUUGCCCAACACGUCCAACGUAUUGGUACAAGUCGAGUACAAGGGCUGCUCGGAAUGCGACCACAUCAGCGUCGAGACCGGCAGGUUCAUAGACCGAAGCGCCUUCACGAACACAACUCUCAGCCCCGCUGAGUGGGAAUAUAACUGGUAUCACACCCCGCACAAUCAGCAAAACUUAGCUGUCCACGUGUACUUCCAGGGGUCUAGCUUGCCUCCUAAUGCAACAUGCCUUACCUUGCUAAAACACAUCCCCACCAACGACUAUUUUGUCAAGCACACCGACAUGGUGCGAACUCGGGGCUUCGUCGAUUUCAUCCCUGUCAGUUUCAAGGAGGAGUCCGCCAGGUUGGUGAUGCCAUCAUCCUUCACCUCUCUCGGAGCCCGCAUUCGCAGAAUGGUCCCCCGCCCCCGCCAGUACCCGUCUGGGAUCCACGAGGUUUUGGUUUUCGUGUGCCUGGGAUUAUGGAGUCUGAUCCACUACUUGCCACUCAUCCCAGCCGGCUACAACAGCCCAAACACAGGACAGCGCUACUCCGGCUGCUCGAAAACAGCCGACCAUCACGGGUUCCCGCCGCAACAUCAGCCUGCUGUACACCGGCCCGGUGCCGCAGAACUGGAACCGGGAAGCCCAUGCACUGCGCUACCGUGCCUCACUCGCCUCCGGGUGGAGACAGCGCACCGCUGCGGACGUAUAGUCCUGUCUCUGACUCGGGUUAUGGCAGUUACUCGGAUGUUCCGAGUCCGUCGGGACGAGCGUGGGGGUGGGAAUGGGUACGGGCAUGGAUACGGUACAGAUGACGCAGGGGAGUGA